AUGAAAAAGUUUUGGAGAACAAAGUAACAGUUUGAAUGGAGUACCUUGAAGGACGCAGACAAAAGCUGGAGGGUCUGGGUGGGUGUUGGUGGCGAUGGGAGAGAGAGAGUGAACUGUUCUUUGGGGAAAUAUAUCCAUCAAAAGGAGUACGAUAAACUCAAAAAACGCCAAGACGAAGGUAACAAAACCCGUGGCAAGAGCUUGCUAAAGUUUCUCUUUCCCCCAGCAAGGCUUCUGAAUGUUUAAUGAAUAUGUUACUGUCCUCCUCCCCCUCGUGCGGUGGGCCCCCUGCGUGAUCUAUGACCCCGGAAAAGCCAAUAGGACGAGGCCAUCAACGUAAGCCCCGCCCCCCACGCGUACGAUUGGUCGAUCGCCGCUUUGCCUGGCUGGCGCUGGGAGGAUUUUUGGUGAAGAGCAGAUCAGAGAGGUAGAGAGCCGUGUGGCAGUGCUUGCUUUGGCUAUUAAAUUGACAUAACGGUGAAACAGCACAGCAGACAUAUUUGAGAAAGCCUACUAGGCGUCACCACAGUCGCUUGCUAGCCCGUACCCGACAAAGGCUAAACGGGGUAGUAGGUAGCAAGAGGUGCUAGGUUUUUUUUUUUCUCUCUCUCCCCCACCCCGAAUGCCAAACCGCCGAAGUUAAGUCUCGGUCGUACGUGGAUGUGCAAAGUCUUGUACUGCCUUCACCUUCUCUGCAUACCCGGGUUCAUCAGUCUCGGGUGGGUGACUGUCCCCCGUGACCUCAUAAUCCUUUGCCUUCAAUGGUACUUUAUCCGGCUUGCUCUCAGGUCUACCUCACUUCUGCACCCCAGCGGGUGGAAGCCUGGCAAGACGCAGACGACACCGAUACCCCUUUUAAGUUGUUGACUUCGCACUCGGGUAGGGGCAUUGUGGAGCAGACGACAACAUUUUACGGUGCGUCAACUCUGGCGACUUGCGGACGACACAGGCUCUUCGCUUGAGCGUCUCGUCUCGUGUAUCCACCCCACACGCACCAUUGGUCACAGGGAACAGACAUGCACUGACAAACCGUUUAGGCCGAAGAAAAACUACACGAAGGACGAAAACCAGCGCCUCACAAAACCUCAGGUGGAUUGAGAACAGGAAACAAACAACAAAUCUGUGGCAGGUCAAAACCUUUGGAAAGAGACUUCAACAGAUAAUCUGAGGACCAGUGAGAUGUUUUCAGUGACUAGAUGAAAAGAGAACAGUGUGUGUUGGCUUUGCGUGUAGUUUCAAUAAGGUUCCUUUGCGCUCGAACCAAUCACAGUAAUGGAGCCGAAAGCAAAGAAAUGUAAAAAUUCUAAGUCUCCUCCAGCUGUGAUAGAUGUUGUGGAGGCCGACAACAACAACGAUGUGGACAUUGAAAACUGUCAGCCCACAGACCUUAGUCAGCAGCCUAGGUCCGAAAUUUCUAGAGAACUCGACCAAGCCUCGACAAAUGAGGACAGGUAUUCAUGUGAACUUAGGGUCGACGACGAUGAAUCCUUCGAGAAGACCGUAGAUGAAAGCCAGGAUCAUCCAUCGGAUUCUGAAGACGACAUCUUGUCAGAAUCAGCUGCAGCAAAAGCUUUCUCGGGGUCAAAUAACUCCGCGAAAAGCAGCCAUCGCCACCGCCACCAGCACCACUACCUUUAUCAUCAGAAACACCAGCAACCACCCAGCGAGGUGUCGCAGCAGGCAGGUGUCACAAGUCCCAAGCAAGCGACGAGACCUUCUUUUCUCAUCACAGACAUUCUGGGACCCAGGGCCUCAGCGACAGGGGCAGGAGGAGGAGGAGGAGGAGGCCAAGAGCCGUCCAGCUCCCCUGUCCACACGUUCAUCCAUUCCCACACCCACCCGUUUCCCAGCCCCACUGCCCACGGACUGCGCUUGCCGGUGGAGGUGAAAUUCACCACCCGUACCCGCUAAGGCCGAGCUGUGGAGAGCAUCUGUCAUUGCCGCUAGAUGAUGACAGAAUGGACGACGACAAAAUGGACGCUUCGUCGUCAGAACAAGCGGAUGACGACGCUGGCAGCGGGGCGGAAGGAGGCAACGACCAUCUUUCUGGUUCAGAUUCCCCGCCGAUGCUCAUAAAGACGAAGAAGCCGCGGAAGGCGCGGACGGCGUUCACGGACCACCAGCUGUCGUGUCUCGAGAAGUCGUUCGAGCGACAAAAAUACCUGAGCGUGCAGGACCGCAUGGAGCUGGCCGCCAAGCUCUCGCUCACAGACACACAGGUCAAGACCUGGUACCAAACAGGAGAACCAAAUGGAAGCGUCAGACAGCUGUCGGACUGGAACUUUUGGCGGAAGCCGGCAACUACGCAGCCGUGCAGCGCAUGCUCCAGACGAACCCUACUGGUUCACGUACCAUCCCCAGGCGGCGGCCAUUUUGUCCAACUUGGACGCCCUCUACAUGCGCCAUUCCGACGCCAGCCCCGCCUACCCUGUGCAGAACCAGCGCCCUCUGCUGCCUCGCAUGUUCAUCCACGGGCUCCAACAGCAUGUCAGCCAACUUCCUCCUCCUUCCUCCUCAGCAUCUCUGUACAGCGGCGAAAGUUCUCGAGGCUGACAGAACACGAGGGCUGUAGACACCAUUCGAGAACUUUCCCAGUCUACGGGUCUCAGAUGUAGAUAAGUAGACGAGGACUCUAUAGGCUCUCAGCUUAACCCCAGAUAGCUGAAGUUUUCAUAAUCUUUAAAAUAAAAAAGAAACUUUUUCUGUAAAUUUGUUUGUCAAAGACAUGCUUGGGAGGUGGGUGAUGGAGGACUCACGAGACGUUCUCAAGACUGAUGUUGGGGUGGGUACAUCAGUACAUCAAGUGACUCGAUUAAACACGUGUUCGACCUUUACCCCCUUAACACUAAUAACGAGAAGGGCUCUCAAUAUUACAAUGUAUUUUAUCAGUUUAUUUGUUCUGUUGCGAAUGAUGCGGCUGUGAAAUGUUUAAGUUAUUCAAGCGAAAUCUCGCCGACCGUGAUGUUUUCCAUGCAAAACAUCCGAAAGCCAUUAGCUUACUCUAACGGUCACCUUUCGAUUUACCGUUUGUCUCCACCUGAUUCCAUUACAACGGUCAGAAAAUUGCAUUCCUGCUUGUGGCUGGAUGGUUGGUUACUUAAAUUUGCGGCUCGGUGUUUUCACUUUGCGGUGACUUAUAUGUGUAGUGUGGGAUUUGGUAAAGGGUACCUCGUGUAUGUAUACAUCACGUGGCUUGAAGGCCCUUCUUACCCGAACACAUACGCACGAAAGUUUUACCGUUUGGGAAACGUGUCUACUUGAAAGUUUGAAAAAAUAUGUCAGAUUUGGUUAAAUCUUUGAGUAUGCUUGUCCUGUUAAGAAGGACCUUGAAGUGGUCACAAAUUAUACUUACACUACUACCUUUCUCUCCACACGAAACUCUUAUUCAGAUAUUUCUGAUUUUCUCCUUUCAUUGAGCUGUUGAGUGCAGAAGUACAAGAUUGUGCCAUGCGCGUUUCAAAGACAUUUUUAUUAAUUUAUCUCAAUAAAAUUCUACGAUUAGC